AUGUCACAAAAUACAGUCGGAUGGGUCACAACUAUGCGAGAAAUUUUAAAACACCAUCGUGAUGUCGUAAUUGAUGACAUAACGAGACGAAAGCGAGCAAUGCUGGACACAUUUUUAAAAUCGAAGACAGCACAUUAUUUAUGGAUAGUCCUAGCAAUAACGAUAUUUCAUCUUAAACUUCUUCACGCCAUAACUUACCCACUGCACUACUGUAUCAGUAAGGGAAUCAAAUCAAAGACUUAUUCAAGUGAAGAAGAACCAGUACCACGUACUCUUCUUCAUAAAGUUCGUGGAAGGGUUGCAAUGAUGUUUUUUGCUUUCCUUGCUAUUUGGCACUAUUUCUCCUGGAUCAAUCCUAUGAGCGCUCUGCAGUGGAAUCUCAGCGUUCGAUCUCAAGUGAACUGGAAACCACAAAUGUUGGUAGCCGCAAAAGGUCAUCCAAUAACGCAGAUACCAACAUUAUAA